GCUGGCCCCAGGGGUCUGCAAUGAAACCGCACUUGAAGCAAUGGCGACAACGAAUACUCUUUGGAAUAUUUGUUUGGGGGCUCCUCUUUUUGGCGAUUUUCAUCUACUUCACCAACAGCAACCCUGCUGCGCCUGUGCCCAGCUCCUUCUCCUUCCUGGAGAACCGCGGCCUCCUGCCUGUGCAGGGCAAGCAGCGGGCCAUCAUGGGCGCUUUGCAGGAGCCCUCCUUGCCCAGGAGUUUGGAAGCAAGCAAAGCGCUGCUGGGCAGCCACCCUGCCAGCCCCUUCCACAGCGGGCCUGGGGACCCACAGAAAUGGGACCAGAUGGAAGAGGGCUUUGACAAUGGGGAAGAGUUUUUUUCAUCCCAGAUUGGGAGGAAAUCGCAAAGUGCUUUCUACCCGGAGGAAGACGGCUACUUUUUUGCUGCUGGUCAGCCAGGGUGGCACCGCCACACGCAGGACACCCUGGGGCUGCCCUCCCCGGGGGAACCGUCGCGGCGGGCCGGACCCGCCCAGCACAAGCGGGAAAAGCUUCACCGUGCAAGACGGAGCCGCGUGCCUGAGGAGGUCUACGACGGCGACAUGCUGUCGGCUUCCAUGUCCAGAGCCUUCCUGUACCGGCUUUGGAAAGGGACCGUGUCCUCCAAGAUGCUGAACCCGCGUCUGCAGAAGGCCAUGCGCUACUACAUGUCCUUCAAUAAGCACGGCGUGCGCUUCCGCGGGCGGCGCGAAGCCAGGCGAUCCGGGCCGGAGCUGUUGUGCGAGCUGCGAAGGCGCGUGCGCGUGCGCACGCUGGACGGCAAAGAGCCCCCCUUCUCGGCGCUGGGCUGGCGGCCGCUGGUACCCGGGGUGCCGCUGAGCCAGCUCCACCCGCGCGGCCUACGCAGCUGUGCAGUGGUCAUGUCCGCUGGUGCCAUCCUGAACUCCUCCUUGGGGGAGGAAAUCGAUUCUCAUGAUGCAGUUUUGAGAUUUAAUUCUGCCCCUACACGUGGCUUUGAGAAAGAUGUCGGAAAUAAAACCACAGUACGCAUCAUUAACUCCCAGAUUCUAGCCAACCCCAGCCAUCACUUCAUUGACAGCUCUUUAUAUAAAGAUGUUAUCCUGGUGGCCUGGGACCCAGCUCCUUAUUCUGCUAACCUUAACCUGUGGUAUAAGAAGCCAGAUUACAACCUUUUUACUCCAUAUAUCCAGCAUCGCCGGAGACAUCCAACUCAGCCAUUUUACAUUCUUCACCCCAAAUUCAUAUGGCAGCUUUGGGACAUUAUCCAGGAGAACACAAGGGAGAAAAUCCAGCCCAACCCACCAUCUUCUGGGUUCAUUGGAAUCCUCAUCAUGAUGUCCAUGUGCAGAGAGGUACACGUGUAUGAGUACAUCCCAUCUGUCCGGCAGACAGAGCUUUGCCACUACCACGAGCUGUACUACGACGCAGCAUGUACCCUGGGGGCAUACCAUCCGCUGCUUUAUGAAAAACUCCUGGUGCAACGCCUGAACAUGGGCACCCAAGCAGAUUUGCAUCACAAGGGCAAGGUGGUACUGCCAGGCUUCCGGGCCCUGCGUUGCCCGGUAACCAGCCCCAACAAUACAUACUCUUAAAAUGGAACUCUUGGGAACUGAUGUGCAAUAAGGUACUACUGUUGUCCUCAAAGUCACAAAAGAAUACUUGAAGAUAGAUUUAGGCAAUGUGUUGUCUUUAACUGUAACUUAGUGGCCAUGAGAAUUCUUUCUAGUCUAAGCCAUUGGGUAACUACUAUUGCUAUGAAUAUAGAAAUGGAACUUUUAAAACUACCCAAGAAAGAAGCAAAAGCAGGAUAUAUAGAAAGAAAACAGAUGUGUACCCAUGGGCAUGAUACCUCUAAACAUGUUAACCUCUACAGCAGGGACACUCUUUAUCACAGUUGGUUCUAGCCACAAGUUAGGAUGAUACUACUGAUAAUACUGUUUCCAUCUAGGAAUAUUCAAAUUGAGGUCUGUAGCUAGCAUGUCACUUGUACAUGCAUUCCUCGUUAAGCAGCCAGCCUGGAUUUCUGUGAUGAAUGUCUGAAUUCUUACUCAGAUGUGAUAUCUUCCGUAUAUCUUGUCAGGCACGUGAUUUUCAACCACAGCUUUGAAGCUCCGCCUCCCAGUGCUCUCUGGGUGUUAUGACUGAGAACCAGGCCACACGUAGAAAAAUACAAUUCAUCCAUCCCAAGAAGCUGAGCCAAACCCUGCUGUCAGCAGAGACCAGCUCCUUUGUCUCCCUGCAGCAUCCAGUACCUGGCCAGGAACACUUGGCACACACACAGGCCUGCAAGGUCAUGACUGGUCGGGUGUCCCUGCCCUGGCUAUUCCACUUUAUGCUCCUGGCCUGCAAAGGCACCUUGUAGCUCUUACAUAGCCAGUAACACACAGGGCAAUUGCUGCGUCUCUGCAGGUCAGCCAGGGGACACCCUCGUUCCUUCCAAACUACGAAGAGUGGAUUUGGAGUGCCCACUCGGAGCUGCAGGGGAUGCAUGCCUGUCAGUGCUGUAUGCAAUUCCUGCAGGCUUUUCUCAGCUAUUAUAAACUUGACCCUCCUGUCCUCUGAAUGUUCCCCAGUUCUACUGACAAACGGCUAGGAAUCCGACUUUGUUUUCAUGGGCAUGUUUUAUGUUAACAGUGUGGUAGAGCCGCAGAAUGGUUUUUAACAAGGUGAAUAUAUGUGUGGCAGAUGCACAGGCAGGAGAAAGUGUUCUUCCCAGCGUGUGGCUGUACUCAGAUUUUUAACCUAAGCGUCUGUCACCAACACAUCCUUUUGUGUGGGUUUUUUUGUUUGUUUUUCAAUGGAGAUAGCGGAAGAGACGCCUUUUAGAAUUCUGUAAUUAAACAGGCUGUUGUUUCAAUAUCAAAUCAAAGCAACUCUCAGUGGUGCAGUUAAGACUUCUUGGCAGUGACAAUGGCAGCUUAAUUAAAUGCAAACCCCCUUGCAAAAUGUGUGGCUCCCAGAGUU